AGGACACGGGACAAACGUAUAUAGUACUAUAAGUUAGGUUUACUUUAAAAAUUUGGUAAACCAAACUUCCUGUUGGAUAUAGCUCGUGUAUAUAACAAACAUAGAUUUGGUAGAAUAUUGAGAGUCCUUGUUUCCAAACUAUAUUGUAAUUACUUCUUCCAAACUAUAUAGUGCCAAUGGACACGGGUGAGAGCAUUCUAAGUGGAAAUGGUAGCAACAGAGAUUAUCUGACGAGCAAUGAUCUGAUGGAUUUGAGCAAUGUGAGGGUUCUCCUUUGUGACACUGAUGCUGAGAGUUGUCGUCAAGUAUUAGCCCUUCUUAAGAAAUGUUGUUACCAGGUAACCCCAGUGUAUUCAGCAGCAGAUGCGUUAGAUGCACUUAAUUCUCAGGGGCCAUGUAUAGAUAUCAUACUUGCUGAAGCCUCCCUUCUUAUUUCCAAUGGCGCCAAAAUUUUCAAUUUCAUCCAGUUGGACAUUAAUUUAAAACACAUUCCUGUGAUCAUGAUGUUGGAUGAAGACAAGAUCCCUCUUGUCUUGAAGGGUUUGACGCUUGGAGCAACAGAUUAUCUUGUCAAACCAUUGAGCAGUAAUGAGCUAAUGAAGCUAUCGACUCACAUGAAGAGAAAAAGCUCACAGUUAGUGUAUUAUUAAUGAGAUUGAUCUCUUAGUGAUGUGUAAUGUAUUAUUAUUACUUAAGCAUAAUAAAUCAUUGUUUUUCAACUGCUGGAACACCAGUUCAUGAAAAUUAGUCCCACCAGCAAAAAGCUUCCUCCGAAGUAGGAUCUCCAUGUGGUGGCUAAUGAUUCUUGAUAAUAUGUCUCAGUUAGUAGAUCAAAUGUCUGUCGUUUCUGGUUAUCUUUACUAUUUUUGCUGUCAAUACUUUUCUUUUUUUCCGAUAUUUUCAUCACAGCCUUUUUUACUCUUGUAUUUUUCAAACCUGUAUUGAAAAACGCUUUUCUUGAGCCGAGGGUCUAUCGAAACAACCUCUACCCCACAAAGGUAGCGGUAAAGUCUGCGUACACCCUAACCUCCCCAGACCCCACUUGUGGGAUCACACUGGGUAUGUUGUUGUUGUAUUAGUUUCUCAAUAUCUUCCAGAUAUGGUUGACUAUAAAGAACACUGCUUGUUGCUUCUUAUUAAUG